AUGCGUCGAGGUAGAAAGCGACAAGACGGAGGGUCGAAUUCGAUGCCGGGCAAAAUCUAUCCUCCCACAGGCACCGAAGGCGCCUUCGGCUCAGGAUAUACCACAACCAUCACGUUCACCAGCCUGAGCACAUAUUCAGAUGGCGCUGGAGUGCGAAGCACAACAUCACAGGAGGUAACGACGACAGCGGUGAUACCUGGGCCAACCCCAGCAUUCAUUUCUGCUCCUCAGCCAUCUACCACCUUCUCUUCCUCCACAAGCACCUCAUCCCCUUCUUCUGUCCAAACGUCUCCACCAGCGCAAACAUCAUCGCCGCCAGCCCAGGGCAUCCCACUCAACCUUAUACCAGCUAUCGUUGUUCCAAUUGUUGUGGUCGCCUUGGCGGCACCCAUUGCUUUGUAUUUCUUUCUUACCCGCCAUGAUAGACAACGCAGAAAGUCUCGAACUGCUUCGCAAACAAGCACGAGAGCGUGUCCUGACACGAGAAUUGAAUCCAAAAAGCACGAUUUUACACAUUCUUCAUUAGAGACAGGGGCUUCCAAGGCAUCAGAAAUCAUGAAUUUCGACCUUGGACCAGCAGCAGAAAAACCGUUACCGGUGGUCAACGUCAGUCAAGUCCCAGAUUAUGCGUUUAAACGGCCAGACUCUUUCCAGGUCGUACGUGGAUUGGACCCUAGUAUCGGACAAGCGGUCAGCCGUUACUCGAUUGGGAACGACUCGUUUGGUAACAUAGCGGAUGCAUCUCAACAAAGAACUAGUAUACAAGAGCUUUCUGAGGAGAAUAUGAGGAUUGCAAGGCUAGCGACUGAUUCCAGGGCAACAUUUGGGACACGUGGGCUGGAUGAAGUAUCGGAUAUGUCGGCUCGGGAGAGGACUUCUCGCCAGGUCGAUCGAAGAAGCGUGGAUGAGCUUUCGAAUGUGUCGAGUUUCUACGAAGACGAGACAGCUGCCAGUUCAGAUCGUGGAGGUGGUAUUUUGGGGAACUAUGGGGCAAGGAGAAGUGGGCCUUUGCGAUGA